UUUCAGCAGAAGUUUAGAGGAAAGAUUCGUAGUUUCCUCCCUGCUCACUCUGUUAGGCACUCCGUCCAUUCAUCCGUCCAUCUCUCCCUCCGUCUGUGGAAAACCAUGGCAUCGACAGAAAAAAGCAUCAAAGUCCUGCUGCUAGCUCAGGUGGUGGAAGAUCACGUUCUUAAGGAGCUCCUGAACUCUGGAACAUCAUUCCAGCAUCAGGAAUACAGGCUGUUUUAAAUGCUGAACUAGGCCAAGUCCAGCCGAGCUCUGAAGAGCCCCACAAGUUUGCGGUGCUGCAGAGGCUGGUAAGAGCACCAUCAUGAAGCAGAUGAAGAUCCUGUAUCGUGGUGGAUUCAGCAAAGAAGAGCAGCUGGAGUUCAGGGCGGUGAUUUACAGGAACAUCCUGCAGUCGGCGCUGUCUGUCACCAGCGGGAUGGAGCAGCUACAGAUCAAAUACGAUUCUCCCACGGCAACCGAAGACGGGAAGAAGCUGCAGAAGCUGGCAGACAUGGUGGAGGACGGGACAAUGCCCUCGGAGCUGGAGGACAUCCUGAGGAGUUUGUGGAGAGACUCCGGGUUCCACGCUGCCAUAGAGAGAUCAGCAGAGUACCAGCUCUGCGACUCCACAGCUUAUUACCUUGCCGACCUGGACAGGAUCUGUGCAGCUGAUUUCAUCCCCAAUGACCUGGACGUGCUGUACGCUCGCAUCAGUUCCACUGAAGUGGUGGAGGAGCAGUUCACCUUCAAAGAUCUGAACUUCAGGAUGUUUGAUGCAGGUGGUCAGCGGCCUGAGAGGAAGAAGUGGGUCACCUGCUUUGAGGACGUUUCCUGCAUCAUCUUCUGCACUGCACUCAACUCCUACGACAUGGCACUGGUGGAGGACGAGGAGGUGAACCGCAUGCAUGAAAGUCUCCACCUUUUCAACAGCAUCUGCAACCACAAGUUCUUCGCCAGCACCUCCAUUGUCCUCUUCCUCAACAAGAAGGAUCUGUUCAAGGAGAAGAUCAGCAAAGUGCCGCUCAGCACCUGCUUCCCCAACUACAGCGGUUCCAACACUUAUGAAGAUGCCACCAACUAUGUCAAGCAGCAGUUUGAGGAACUGAACACUAAUAAAGGAGGAAAGCCCAUCUACACCCACCUGACCUGCGCAGUGGAUACCAAGGACAUCGACUCCACCUUCAGCACUGUCACCGACGUCAUCAUCAAGAACCUGAAGGAGUGCGGACACCUGUGACCACGACAAGUGCAUCACCAUUAAAGCGUAACUGAGUGAAGUUUCAACACAGAGCGGUUUCACUCUCCCACCGCAAAGAGCCCACCUGUUAACACGCAGCUCCUCCUCGUUCCUCAGAAAUGUUCUGAAGAUGUUCUCCUGCAGAGUGGAUUAAAGUGAGGAGGGGUGUGAAUGUGCACUGCAGGGAAUAUUAUAAGAUUAUUGAAGCUGUUUCUAGACACAUUUUAUUAUUUUAUUCACAAAAAAAGUGCUUUAUUCCAUUUGCAGAUCAUUUUAUGUGUUUUGAGGAAUAAUGCUGAUUGUUUUAAAGACACAAUAACUAGAAUCACAACCACGAUAAAAUGAUCUUUUACUAGAUACAAUUACAGAAGCCAAUGAAAUGUAUCUGUAAACAGGUCAAAUAAUCUUGUAAUGUUAUUACAGACGCCUCAGUCAGAAAUGUCAGAUAUACUGACCUCAUUUACAGGCUACAACAUCCUCUGAAACACAAAUUACAAAAAUCUGAUAAAAGAAACUUAAAUUUCUAAAUCUUCAAGAAAAACUGAAGUGAACAAGCAUGUAGGAAAAAUCCUAGUAAAAAAAGAAGGAAUAAAAUAUGAAGCCAAACAGAGAUGCAAUGUAAUGUAGGCAUUCUAUAAAGAGAAUAUAUUUAUAUAGAAACAUAUUCAUAAGAAAAUAGUGAGGGGUGUGUAUAUUAGUGAUGGAAGUAAACGUGUAAAAUAUCACUGUUGCAGUGUGGAGCAGAUUACAGUGGGAAUGAACUGCAGUGUAAGAUUAUUAAUCCCUCAGUGUAGGAUUAUUAAUCCCUCAGUGUAGGAUUAUUAAUCCCUCAGUGUAGGGUUAUUAAUCCCUCAGUGUAGAAUUAUUAAUUUCUCAGUGUAGGAUUAUUAAUCCCUCAGUGUAGAAUUAUUAAACUCUCAGUGUAUGAUUAUUAAUCCCUCAGUGUAGGGUUAUUAAUCCCUCAGUGUAGAAUUAUUAAUCUCUCAGUGUAAAAUUAUUAAUCCCUCAGUGUAGGAUUAUUAAUCCCUCAGUGUAGGAUUAUUAAUCUCUCAGUGUAGGAUUAUUAAUCCCUCAGUGUAGAAUUAUUAAUCUCUCAGUGUAGGAUUAUUAAUCCUGCAGUGUAAGAUUAUUAAUCCCUCAAUAUAGGAUGAUUAAUCCCUCAGUGUAAGAUUAUUAAUCCCUCAGUGUAAGAUUAUUAAUCCCGCAGUGUAAGAUUAUUAAUCCCUCAGUGUAGAAUUAUUAAUCCCUCAUUGUAGGAUUAUUAAUCUCUCAGUGUAAGAUUAUUAAUCCCUCAGUGUAGAAUUAUUAAUCCCUCAGUGUAGGGUUAUUAAUCCCGCAGUGUAAGAUUAUUAAUCCCUUAGUGUAGGAUUAUUAAUCCUGCAGUGUAAGAUUAUUAAUCCCUCAAUAUAGGAUGAUUAAUCCCUCAGUGUAAGAUUAUUAAUCCCUCAGUGUAAGAUUAUUAAUCCCGCAGUGUAAGAUUAUUAAUCCCUCAGUGUAGAAUUAUUAAUCCCUCAGUGUAGGAUUAUUAAUCUCUCAGUGUAAGAUUAUUAAUCCCUCAGUGUAGAAUUAUUAAUCCCUCAGUGUAGGGUUAUUAAUCCCGCAGUGUAAGAUUAUUAAUCCCUUAGUGUAGGAUUAUUAAUCCUGCAGUGUAAGAUUAUUAAUCCCUCAAUAUAGGAUGAUUAAUCCCUCAGUGUAAGAGUAUUAAUCCCUCAGUGUAGGGUUAUUAAUCCUGCAGUGUAAGAUUAUUAAUCCCUCUGUGUAGAAUUAUUAAUCCCUCAGUGUAGGAUUAUUAAUCUCUCAGUGUAAGAUUAUUAAUCCAUUAGUGUAAGAUUAUUAAUCUCUCAGUGUAAGAUUAUUAAUCCCUUAGUGUAGGAUUAUCUCUCAGUGUAAGGUUAUUAAUCCCGCAGUGUAAGGUUAUUAAUCUCUCAGUGUAAGAUUAUUAAUCCAAUAGUGUAAGAUUAUUAAUCCCUCAGUGUAGGGUUAUUAAUCCCGUAGUGUAAGAUUAUUAAUCCCUCAGUGUAGAAUUAUUAAUCCCUCAGUGUAGGAUUAUUAAUCUCUCAGUGUAGGAUUAUUAAUCUCUCAGUGUAGGGUUAUUAAUCCCGCAGUGUAAGGUUAUUAAUCUCUCAGUGUAGGGUUAUUAAUCCCGCAGUGUAAGGUUAUUAAUCUCUCAGUGUAAGAUUAUUAAUCCAUUAGUGUAAGAUUAUUAAUCCCUCAGUGUAGGGUUAUUAAUCCCGUAGUGUAAGAUUAUUAAUCCCUCAGUGUAAGAUUAUUAAUCCCUCAGUGUAGGAUUAUUAAUCUCUCAGUGUAGGAUUAUUAAUCCAUUAGUGUAAGAUUAUUAAUACCUCAGUGUAGGAUUAUUAAUCUCUCAGUGUAAGAUUAUUAAUCCCUUAGUGUAGGAUUAUUAAUCCCUUUGGUACAUGAACAGUGUGAUGUGUAAAACAGACUCUGCUGAGUGAAGUGUGUGUUUAACAAACGUGUCCUCAUUAAUACUGUACAGUUUUAUCUGUAGAGUUAGACACAGUGAAAGGACUCUGACUGAUUCAUGCAGCUUUCUCUGAUCUUAUUAUUAUUUACAGCAGGAAAUUGUGCAAAUCAAUAAAAAACAUUUUUCAAACUAUUA